GGGCGGGGAUGGAGAUGGAGUUCGACUGUGAGCACCUGAGACGGCUCCUGGGCAAGUACAAAUUCAGGGAUCUAACAGUGGAAGAACUGAAGAAUGUUAACAAGGUUUUCCCACAUUUUACAUAUUCCAUGGAUACCUAUGUUUUCAAAGAUAGUUCUCAGAAAGAUCUGCUGAAUGUCACGGGCACUGUUCCUGUGAUGUAUCAGGGUCAUACCUAUAACAUACCAAUUCGUUUGUGGAUUUUGGAUUCUCAUCCUUUUGCUCCCCCCAUUUGCUUCUUAAAACCAACCGCAAAUAUGGGAAUCUCAGUUGGAAAACAUGUGGAUGCUCAAGGAAGAAUAUACUUGCCCUAUCUCCAAAACUGGAGCCACCCCAAAUCUGUCAUUGUUGGAUUGAUUAAAGAAAUGAUUGCCAAGUUUCAAGAAGAACUUCCCUUGUAUUCCCUGUCAUCGUCCAAUGAGGCUCAGCAGGUCAACUUGUUAGCUUAUAUUGCAAAAAUCACUGAAGGUGUUUCAGACAUAAAUUCAAAGAACUGGGAAAAUUAUGAGAAUAAAGCAAUUAAUAAAAUCACUGUGGUUGGAGGUGGGGAACUGGGAAUCGCCUGCACAUUAGCAAUUUCAGCAAAGGGCAUUGCAGACAAACUUGUCCUUUUAGACCUCUCAGAAGAGACUAAAGGAGGGAUGAUGGACCUUGACAUCUUCAACCUGCCAAAAGUGGAGAUCAGCAAAGAUUUGUCUGCCUCUGCUCACUCCAAGGUGGUGAUCAUCACAGUCAACUCUCUGGGGAAUUCUCAGUCCUACCUUGAUGUGGUACAGAGCAACGUGGAGAUGUUUCGAGCCCUGGUCCCCGCUCUGGGACAUUAUAGUCAGCACAGUAUCCUGCUUGUGGCAUCCCAGCCAGUGGAAAUCAUGACUUAUGUGACAUGGAAGCUAAGCGCAUUCCCUAUGAAUCGAGUGAUUGGAAUUGGAUGCAAUCUGGAUUCACAGAGAUUGCAAUAUAUCAUUUCAAAUGUUUUGAAGACACAAACUUCAGGAAAUGAAGUAUGGGUUAUUGGUGAGCAAGGAGAAGAUAAAGUGCCUAUAUGGGGUAGCCAGGAUGUAAUGAGUCAUAACUCUCAGGUGCAGUUGUCCAACAGAGCCAUGGAACUGUUAAGGGUAAAAGGCCAAAGAUCCUGGUCUGUUGGACUAUCAGUAGCUGACCUGGUUGACAGUAUUGUAAAUGAUAAAAAGAAAGUGCAUUCUGUGUCGGUUUUAGCAAAGGGACAUUAUGAUAUAAACAAUGAAGUGUUUUUAAGUUUGCCUUGCAUUCUUGGAACCAGUGGAGUAUGUGAAGUCUUGCAAACCACAGCCAAAGAAGAUACAGUAACUGAGAAACUUCAAAGCAGUGCCUCAUCCAUCUAUGGUCUCCAGCAACAGUUAAAAGUUUGAUUCUUUAGUCUAGUUACAUAGAAAGUAGGGUUAUUUAAUUUUGUCAGCAUAAAUUAGGGUUGAGAACUUCUAUCUUAUUGUUUAUCUUUAUAAAUUGCUUGACUAAGGUAGAUGGUUCCUUGAUUAGCUUCCUUAUUUGAACCCUUAGGGAGUUAGAUAACGAGGGGGUGGAAAUCUAAUUUUCUUUGUUCUUGAGAUCUGUAUACUGUUCUUCACACCUGUAACAGAUGAUUAUCUACAAUAUGCAUCAUUUACAAUUAUGUCAGUUAAAAUGCAUAUUCAGCUUUUUGGGACUAUUUCAGGUUCUUAGUUGGUUUUGUUUAUCUUAUUAUGGUGCUCAGGAACUGUUCCUGGCCCAGGAGUCUCUUGUACUGGUACUGGAGGACCAUAAUGGUGCUGGGGAUCAAACUGGAGCCUCCUGCAUCUAAAACAUGUACACUGGUCCUCUGAGCUAUCUCCCGGGCCCUUGGAAUAUUUUGAAAGUAAUGAAUUUUUUAAGAUAAAAUUGCUCUUUCAUUGUUAGUCUACUAAGCAAGAUAAGCUGAAGAUCUAAUAUGGACUUACAAAAUUUGUGUUGGGUGUAUGUUUAAGGAUCCACUACUGAAGAUAUCAA